AUGCCCGAGUGGGAAAAUUGGUUUGAGAUUGCCAAACAAUGCAAAUAUUUACCAGAAAAUGAUUUAAAGGCAAGUUCAUCAUUAUAGAAAUUGUCAAAUAAAUGAUUGGUAUUAAUGAAGUACGUGUUGUUUAUAGAAAUUAUGUCAGAUUGUAUGUGAUUUGUUAAUUGAGGAGGCCAAUAUCCAACCAGUCAGCACCCCAGUGACUGUUUGUGGAGAUAUUCACGGACAAGUAAUUAUAUAUAUUUCAAUAUUAUCAUGUUUAAAUUUUAAUGAAUUGUAAAUUGAUUUUGAUUAUUUGUUUCACAAGUUUUACGAUUUAGAAGAACUAUUUAGAAAUGGAGGUCAAGUCCCUGAUACUAAUUAUGUAUUUAUGGGAGAUUUUGUUGAUCGGGGGUAUUACAGCUUGGAAUCAUUAACUAGACUUCUAACUCUAAAAGCAAAGUGGCCACAUCGUAUCACAUUACUUCGAGGAAAUCAUGAAUCUAGACAAAUAACACAAGUCUAUGGAUUUUAUGGUAUGAACACUUAACAUUUUUGUUAUUAAUAUUAUACUUUUUAGAUUUUUAUUUGAUUAUUUAUAUAAAGGUAUCAUAAUUGUAUAAUACACACAUUAAUAGUAGUCAACUGUAAAUAAUAUUUUACUAGUGUGAUUUGUUAUUUCUUUUAAUGAUCUUUCAAUUAUUAUAAUAACAAUUGAAAUUGUAAUCGAAGAAUCUAAAAUAAACACAAUUUUCAAUAACUUACAUACUUAAAAUUUUACUCAUAAUGUAAACAAUAUUAAAUUUGUUAAAACACAUCAGGUAGUUGAAAACAAACUUGACUAAAUUUAAUUAAAAAAUUACUUGAUGGCGCCUCAUUUUAUUAUCAUAGAAGUGAGUUAUUAUAGUGAGCAAUCAUAAGUAUGAUUGUUAACCAUGAAUAUUAAAUACCCACUAAAUUGUUGAUGCUUAAUUAUAAUUACUAUUUGUGAUAUUCAGAAUACAAAAUAAUUUAGGAUUGUAAAAAUUAAUUUCCAUUGUAUAACUUUAUGGAUAAAUUUCUUUCAUUUUCAAAUUAUUUAACAAUAGUGUGCAUUGUAUUCAUUUUCAGAUGAAUGUAUGAACAAGUAUGGCAAUGCAAAUGUGUGGAAAGAAUGUUGCAAAGUUUUUGAUUUGCUGUCUAUUGCUGCGGUAUGAUUUUUAAUUUUAUUAAAUCUCUUGACUUCUAUUGCAGUUUUAAAUAUUUUUACAGUUGAUAGAUGAAGAAGUAUUUUGUGUUCACGGUGGUUUAUCUCCUGAUAUUUCAACUUUAGACCAAAUCAGAAUAAUUGAACGAAAUCAAGAAAUUCCAUAUAAAGGUAAUACAAAAACAAACAUUCAGUUUAAGAACAAAAUAUAUAUUUAAUCAUAUCAAUUAAUAAGGUUUUCAUUAAUUUUAUCUAAAAUAUAUAUAAAAUAUUAAUAUUUUUUUUGAAAGUACAAUUUUUUUAUUUUUGAUUUAGUUUUUCUGUGUUAUGAGAUUUUAAAUGUUUUUAUUGUAAAUUUUUACAUUUUAAAGUUGUGUUUCAACUUUAAUAUUAAAGUAGUUUAAUGUUAAAAUGGUUUUGAUUUUUUAGGCGCAUUUUGCGAUUUAGUGUGGUCUGAUCCAGAAGAUAUCGAAAAAUGGACAGUAAGCCCCCGUGGGGCUGGCUGGUUAUUCGGGCCUGAAGUGACUGAAGAAUUUAUGGAGAAAAAUCAAUUAGAAUUGAUUUGUAGAGCUCAUCAAUUGGUUAAUGAAGGUAAACAAUCUGAUAUAAAUAAAAUUAUGUUUAUUUAAUUUAAAGUAUUGAGUAACUUUGUAUUUUAGCUGACUAUUUUAUUAAUUUCUAUCAUCUAUUAGUUGGUUGUUUCAUAAUUAUUUAGUUCUGUCUAAAAAUGGGUUGUUAUAAGCUUAAUGUUUUUAAAAUCAUUUAGAUAAGUGCUGAAAUAUACACAAAUUUGCCAUAAAAAUAGUAAAAUUGAAUCAAAACUUUGAAGUAUACAUACAUUUAUGACAAAAAAAAAAUGUUGUAUUUGACCUAUUAGUUAUCUGAAACAAAUGUAUAGUUAUUUAUGUUUUUCUAGGAUGUAUCAAAAAAAUAUGCAAAUGCUACAAGUUACAAACCUAAUAAUAUAAACAAUUUAUACAAUUAUGACAACUUUUCUUUAUAUUUUAAUUAAAUUUAAUAUUAAUAAUUUAACAAAAUACAAAAUUAAAUUGUAUUUCACAAAUAACUCAUAAUUUAUAACUUUAUUAUUAAUAUUAUACAUAUACAUGUAUAUGCAUUAAUUUUUUAUUUGAAAAUUUAUUUAUCACUUCAGUAUUCAAGUUAAAGUUCACACAAUUUUCAACUAUUGAACUGAAAAUAAACAUAAUUUAUGUAUUACGAAGUUAAUACCUGGAAAUUUCUAAACAUGCUUAUGCACUCUAUUAGUAUUUAAGUAUUAGUAAAAAUAAAAUAAUUUUGCUUUCAUUUUUCAGCUAGAAUUCUUUGACUAUAUUUGAUAAUAAUAUUUAGAAUUAAAACAAUUUUGUUUUUAAAUACCCUUUUACUUCAUAUACUUUUAGUUAUACUUAUUAUUAACUUUAAUCAUUUUUCAGGGUAUAAAUACAUGUUUAAUGAUAAACUAGUAACUAUAUGGUCAGCACCUAACUACUGUUAUCGAUGUGGGAACAUUGCAUCCAUAAUGGAGUUUUCUACAGUUCAUGAUCGCAAGCCAAUAUUGUUUAAUGCUGUUCCUGAUGAUCAACGAGUUAUUCCAGAUAAGGCUGCUACACCUUACUUUUUGUGA